AUGAAGAGUGCACAAUCAAAAGAAGAGAUGAGGAGAUCAAGAAAAAAAGGAACUAGAGGUGGAAAAAACAGUAAAGAAAGGGGUUCUGGAAAAUUGCAAGAACAGGGGAAAAAUCAAAAGGAAGAUACAACAAAGACAUCAAAUCAACCAAACAAAAAUCAACAGGGAGGAAAUGGAAAAAAUGAGGAUCAGAAUCAAUCAAGAACACAACAGACAGGUCAACAACAAAAGAAAAACAUACAAAGUCAAGAGGAGCAGGGGCAGCAAGAAGAAAUACAAGAAGAACAGUGGCAAGUACAAAAAAGGAAACACCAAAAAACUCAGGAACAAGAUACCUCCAAAUCUGUGUGGAGACAUGUCACUCCUCCAAUGCAAAGAAACAGUGGCAGCCAUCAACAAGAGCAGGGAAAUGCAGGAAAAGCAAGAAAGGCAACAAACAGGGCAGGAUGGAAUCAGGGAAACAGCAAGAAGACUCCAAGACAGCAGGUUAUUGAUAGCAACAAAAACAGGAACUCAGGUAUUGGCUUAACUCUCCCAAACCCCAAAACCCCCAAUAUUAUUAAUGUUGAUGCUGGUCAUAAUGAAGAAGUUUCUGGAGGUAUGGAUGGGGGGUGUCAGGAGAUAGCCACUAACAUGCAGGAAGGGGAUACCAAAGGGGGGAAUUUGACUCAUGUUAUGCAUGAGGGGUUGGAUUUUGACCCUAGGACAAACCAUAGAGCCUCUAAUAAUGCUAAAAACACUCAGAAACAAAAAGAACAACAACUUCAGCAGCAAACUCAGAACAGUGACAACAGUAAACAGAUCGCCAAAGGAAAUAUAGAGGAACAACACUUUGAAAAAAGGAAUGAUAAAGAUCAAGGGAAGCAAAGUGUUACUAUGGUUACAGACAGCACUCCUAAGAGUAAAAAUAAGCCCAGUAAACAAAAAAGAGAUGCUGCAAAAAAGAGGCAAAACAGGCUGCAAGACAAGGACAGUGAACAAGAGCAGGAAGUAAGGGAAGAAUCAUGUAACAAAUUUGUAAUGGUCGAUGAUAACCAAGGUUUAAAUAUUCUUCCCUUACAGGUUCAGUAUAUGACUCCUCAAACAUCAGACCCUCAUGAUAAGAUGCAACAGAGGUGUAGGGUUAAUCCUGAACCUAUCUUGGAUGAAUAUGUUGUGGUUAAUUCUGAAGAUGAACUUGUUGGUCUCUAG